ACAAUACACCCAGCCAAUUCACUUCAUAAAAUGACAACAAAUCAACGGUUUAACAUGCUCUGAAUAGAAUAUCAUUCUUUCGCUUAGAUAUUUCCGAUUACCUUCUUCAGAUGCUCUCCAGUCUCAGACUCAUACGCAAAUCCGGACUCAACUCACACUUGGCCUCAUUCGGUCAUGUCUCUCACCGCACAAAGGGGCCAUCCCGAUCUCAGUCGACAUUUACCGACAAACGGCACCAUCUCGGUGUGGAAACGGUAGAAGGAAAGAUCGACAUAGAUUCCUUUCGCAGAAUCGCGUGGGAUCUCAAAACUCCGUUACUACUUCGAGCCUCUCACAAAUUCCCGGCCAAUGAGAAAUGGUUCCAAUUCAGUGAAUCGGGAUCCUACCCCAGCUUUUCACCUUACUUCCUACCCUUUGCAGAUAGGAUCUUUCCAUAUGAGUUCACCAUUUCCCGUACCUCUCCCCACAGUAUGUCGGGUUCGGAGCAUGAAAUCUUAUCGGAUUUUCGGGAAUGGCUUCUUAAACAACAUGAGGAUAAAGAGCCUCCACUGACUGCGAUGGUCGAAGCCGUAGUGAAGUCAAUAAUUACUGAAGCGAGCUAUCGUCAUAGUCCAUCUAAUUUCCAACAAUUCGAUGCCCCAAUGGCUCUGAUGAUGGCCGCAUGUCAAUUCAAUGAAAACAAGGACCCCAGCAAGCGGUUGAAGAACCUCUAUGUAGCCCAAUCAGAUCUAAGUCACCUACCCGAGCCUCUCUUCGCAGACUUACCCGUGCCGGACAUUGUCAAGCGCGCUGGUAAGGGGGACGUGUAUAGUUCCAGUAUUUGGCUUGGUUUGCAACCGACUUAUACCCCUCUGCACCGUGAUCCAAAUCCGAAUUUAUUUUGUCAACUGGUCGGUUCCAAGAGGAUACGUCUCAUGGCACCAGAUCUUGGGGAAGGUGUCUAUAUUCGCGUCCGUAAGGAGCUCGGCCUAACCGGUAGCUCACGAUUACGAGGCACAGAGAUGAUGGGGGGCCGCGAACGUCAAUUACUUCAUGACGCUGUUUGGGGUGAUGCGUCUAUCAGUGAAGUACUCGUGAAUCCUACUGAUGCCCUGUUCGUCCCUAUGGGUUGGUGGCAUAGCGUUGCUAGCGACGGUAUAGAGGGUAACUUGAACGCCUCAGUGAACUGGUGGUUCAGAUAAACUUUAAAAGCAUUGUGAAUAGGUACUGUUAAUAAAAGUGCAGGUGUUCGCAAGUAUGGGGAACCGAAUUGGGCAACAGAAAUCUCAAUAUUCUUUUCAAUCCACCUUUCUAAGAUCCCCAAGGCAUAGAUCCUGAACGCAAGGCAUUCAAACCCGACUCUGACCGCAGAAAGGGGUGCCGCAAUAUGAAUUUGGAGGCGAUGAGGGCGAUAGCAGCACCGUUGUUACACGAGGAUCUCUACUUCGAUCUGCUCAGAACCACGGUACAUAUAUCUUGUAGAGACCAUGAUCUGUUCAUUGCACCGUUUUACGUCCAACUACCAGCUGACUCACCUACCUCCAUUCACACUUAAGUCGAGCUCCUAACUGAAAGUUAUGUUCUGGCAAUAGCGACAUGAAGAUCAUGAUGAGCCCCUUUAAGCACGAUUUCGAGUUGGACACAUCUAUCCUCAGGCACGCCGUCUUCGCUGCUUGCCUAGAAUUAUCAGUACCCUGUAUAAUGAUAUGUUUUCCAUUCGGGUGUCCAGGAAUUACUUCUAUCGGAUCUCCAACAUCAUCAUUAAGUACUAGCGAUAAGAUAAAUAAUAUAUUACCU